AUGAAAUCUGAUAUAGAUCAUCUUGAAAGGUCUCUCCAAAACUUCAAUAUCGGCGGACCCACUGAACGUAUGCCUGAACCUUUAAUAAAAGCAUUUGGUAUCGUAAAGAAGGCUGCUGCUACUGUUAAUAUGUCUUAUGGCCUUGACAAAACGAUAGGCAAUGCCAUUGUCCAAGCCGCGGAUGAAGUAAUCGAAGGAAAACUUCUGGAUCAUUUUCCAUUGGUCGUUUGGCAGACUGGAUCCGGGACACAAACUAACAUGAAUGUUAACGAGGUCAUUGCGAAUCGUGCCAUCGAAAUUCUGGGUGGUCAGCUUGGUAGCAAAAAGCCUGUACAUCCCAAUGACCACGUGAAUAUGGGCCAGUCUUCCAACGACACUUUUCCCACCGCAAUGCAUGUGUCUGCUUCCAUAGAAGUAAACAAGAGACUCAUUCCUGCUUUGACGCAUCUACAUGAUGCCAUUUUCGAAAAGUCAAAAAGUUUUACAAACAUAAUCAAAAUCGGAAGAACACAUUUGCAGGAUGCUACACCGCUUACUCUUGGAAAUGAGUUUUCCGGAUACGCUCAACAGUUGGAAUUUGGAAUCGAACGUAUCAAGGCAACUAUUUCAAGACUAUAUUAUCUCGCACAAGGGGGUACUGCUGUUGGCACUGGGCUGAAUACUCCCCCAGGAUUUGAUGUUAAAAUUGCUGCCGAAAUCUCAAAAAUCACCGGAUUGCCAUUCCAGACAGCUCCAAAUAAGUUCGAAGCACUGGCAGCUCACGAUGCCAUAGUAGAAGUUAGCGGUGCUCUUAACGUUGUUUCAGUGUCUAUAAUGAAAAUUGCUAAUGAUAUUCGUUUCCUUGGGUCUGGCCCUCGUUGUGGGUUUGGUGAAAUUUCACUCCCCGAAAAUGAGCCUGGCUCGUCGAUUAUGCCUGGUAAAGUUAAUCCAACACAAUGCGAAGCAAUUACAAUGGUGGCAGCUCAAGUUAUGGGAAAUAAUACCACCAUUACAAUUUCUGGCUCAAACGGUCAUUUCGAACUAAACGUUUUUAAACCAGUGUUGAUUAAAAACCUCCUCCAUUCAAUCCGAAUUUUGAGUGAUGCAAGUGAGUCUUUCACGAAAAACUGUAUUGUAGGAAUAAAGGCGAAUGAAAAAAGGAUAAAUGACAUUAUGAAUCAAAGUUUGAUGCUUGUGACUGCACUUAAUCCCCAUAUUGGUUAUGAUAAAGCUGCUUCUGUGGCCAAGAAGGCGCAUAAAGAAAAUUUAACACUUAAAGAAGCUGCCAUUCAAUUGGGAGUCUUAACAGAGAACCAAUUUGAUGAAUGGGUCAGGCCCGAAAAAAUGCUUGGUCCUAAAUUAUAA